GUUUGUCUUGGAAACAUUGUGACGGCGACGGUCGCCCUCCUCACGCCCUCCUUGCUCAUCACCACGUCGACCUUUUCUCUCCCUCCGUCCCGUCCGUGAGCUCCCUGCUCCUCUCGUUCCUCCCCGCGCAUUGCCACAAUGUUCGCCACGCUCAUUUCUGUCGCUCUCUUCUCUGGCCUUGCCAUCAAGGGAGCUCGCGCCGAUUUUGCGCUCAGUACCCCCACUCUCGCCAGUGCUGACCUCGGUGACUUCACCGGCACCACCGGCACUUGGACAGUCGCCAUCCCCGCUGGUCAAAACGUAACGUUUUCUGUUCAGGACCAGUGGGGCAACGAAGCUUGGAGCGGUUCGGCAACCGUUGGUCCGAGUGACGACUCGUCUUGCUUGUCGGCCGUCUCUGGCGCAUCCUCCGCUGUCAGCAGCGCUGUCGCCACCGCGACCACCUCUAUCCACCCUUCCACCGCCAAGGGUUCCGGCGUGGUUAACAACGCCCCCGCCUCCAGCAGCUCCGCUGCUCAGGUUGUUGGCGCCGCCAGCUCUGGCGAUGGUACUUCCGCAGGGUUCACCAUGCACCAGCUUAACGCUCCUGUCAUGAUCCUCAGCGCACUCGCUGCGCUCGCCAUCGCGUUCUAGAGAACGCGACAAUAUACCCUCAAAUUGACGCUUCGCGAAAUGCCUAUUGUAUCGUGCUUCCUGGGGUUGGGUGUGUUACAGUUUUCUUGAUCCAUUCUAGGUGGUCAACGACGUGGACGCUCCGGUAGUUCCGUCGAUGCCAUCUUCGGUCGUUAGGCCGCUGGUUUCGGCUUGCGCAAUGUCGAGUCGUUGCGAGCGGGCCUGUUGCAGCGUGGUCAAGCUGGGUGUACCAUGACAUAUACCUAUGUAUUGGCGAUCUGGAAUGAUUAUUAUCUUCUAUAUAUACGUGUCUUCCGCUGUCUAUUGGUGUUUGUGCUUGUGAAUGUGGAAUUCAAGUGUCUCGUGUAUAGUGUA